AUGCUGGACGACACCACCAAGAUGGGGCGAUUCCAAGGGAUGCUUCGAGCAGAACUGAACAAGGUCAAUGACUUUGCAUGCGUCAAACAUGAAGACAUUUUCUUGGGCCUGCGCAAAGUGUGUGCUCAAUGCAAGAAGUUGCAGCCGGACGAGAUCGAGAACAAAGCCGCAAACAUUCGUGAACUGGGCGAGCAGAUCGUCCACUUGGACAUGUUCGUUCGCCUCAACUACGUGGGGUUUCAGACGUUAACCGAAAAGUUUGACGACCUGCUGGGCACUGCCGGGAGUGCACUCUUCGUGUCAGGACUUCAUUGCGAGCCUUUCUGCAACAUCCGAUUCGAUGAUAUCUUGAUUUUACUCGGCUUGGCCUGGGCGCUGUGGCGAACAGCGCAGUCCACAGAGCAAAGCAAGGAUGCCACGUGGAAGCCGCCAGAAAGCUUCAUUCGGAACACAUCGAAGUAUUGGGUCGCACCAGAGAAGGUUGUCCUCUUAAAGACCCGAAUUGUGGAGCAUUUGCCGUAUUUGAUUUUCGGAGCAUCUCAGACAGAGCAAGAGAAGUUGUUGGAGCCUUUUGCGCUGCUCGACCUAGAGUAUGAUGGGCUUGAUGAGCAGAAGGCCAUGAGUGCCUACUCCGGCACCAUGGAGGAGUCACAGCUCCUUAGCUCUGUGUACUUCGACAGUCCUGAAGCCACCAGCUACCAGGAGCGAAUCCGUCGCGAAGAAGGUGCCCGCUUGGUGAGGUUCCGAUGGUACGGAGAGAAUAACCAGGAAACGGACAAAGAGAUUUAUGUGGAGCGGAAGAUUCACCAUGAGGGCUGGGGCGGCAAGAAGUCAGCGAAAGAACGGUGCGUGAUUCCUCAGAAGGACAUCUUUGCGUUCAUGAAGGGCAAGUAUGACAUCAACGGCUACUUCAAGCAGCUGGAGGAGCAAGGAAUGUAUUCCGAAAAGGCCAGAAAGAACAUGAAGUCAAUCGCUGUGGAGGUGAACAAGAUAAUUCAAGAGAAGAAGCUGCAGCCCAUCAUUCGAACAUCUUAUUACAGAUGUGCCUUCCAGCUUGCCACUGACAACAAGGUUCGGAUCUCCCUCGACACCCAGAUGUCACUCCUCAACGAGUAUAUGGCAGGAGGUCACCAAAACCAGCCUUGGUGCCACGUUGCGACAGACAGUCUGCAGCGGGAUGAUGUCUACCGGUUCCCGUAUGCCAUCCUGGAAAUCAAGCUGCAGGACGUCUCUGAAGCUCCCUUGUGGCUGCGGCAGACCUUGAACGACAUCGGGGCGAUCCAAGUCCACAAGUUUUCGAAAUUUCAGCAUGCUAUGGCUUUUCUCCACCCGCAGCGAGUGCCAAUACUGCCACACUGGCACAAAGACUUCCAGGAGUGGCAGAACAAGAAGGACGAUGCUGCUGCCAGCUAUCGGCGCCGACAAAAGCUGAGUCCCAAAGAAAGAAUCCAAGCAGAGAGAGGGUCUUCCUUCACGGAGCACGACCUAGCUGUACCGAUGGUAGAGAAAGUGGUCGCACCUGGCGGUGAGGGCCAUUUCUUAAAGGACAUGGAAAAUUUGGAUCCAAAAGCGGUAUUCGCAAACGAGCGAACCCUGCUGCAUUAUGCAGAGAAGGGGAUGUACGUUGCAGCAGUGGCGGUGGUCGCCAUCAACCAUCACAGCAGGGAUGUUAAGAUCUUCGGCCUGGUGCUUUCGGCUGUUACUGCUGCCUACUACGUCUGGAUCCUUGUGGCCUAUUUCGAGCGCUUGAAGGAGAUCACGGGGCGUUCCAAGGUAGUCAAGAACCGUGAAGCUCGAUUGGAUUGGGAAGUUGGCCCGUGGCUAGCUGCUGGUAUGGUUCUGCUUGUGCUCCUCUACACCUUGAGCAAGGCUUGGGCAGGAGUGACUGCGGCGCAUCACCUGUAA